UUCACAUAGUGAACAUGGUUGUUUGGCUCUUCAGCAUGCUGUGGUUUUCUUUGAGAAACUAUUUCGGCAUUCAUCAACGAAUGCUGCAUAUAUUGUUUGUAUGAAGCGAACCUGAGGCUGUUUACUUCGGUUGGAUUUGCUCCUAAAAUAAUUUUUCAUUUUUGGGAUUCCUUAUUUGUGGAUAGUUAUUUUUCCUUUUGUGGUCUAUACUUUUGCUUUGGGACAUUUUUUUGGGACUUUUUGGUCCUCCAAAUUUCUGCUCCAUACAGAAAGACUGAUUUUACAUGGGUUUUUACAGCCCACUUUUGCCUCAACAAAUGCCGUGUGUCGCUCUGCUAGUUUAAGGAAGAAACAUUCAGAGAUGGGCAACACACAGUACACACAGUCUGCUAUAAAAUAUCCAGGCUACACAUCAGUGAGUGAAGACGAGCAGAUGAUCCUGGUGAAAAAUGAAGGCGGUGAUCAUUUUGUCAUUAAAAAGUUCAACAAUGGACAGGAAAAUGAUUUAAACCUUCUCGUACAACUCAGUCAUCCACACAUCAUCCAUCACAAGGAAGUCCUCACAGAUCCUGACUGCUUGUAUCUUGUACUGGAGCACUGUGAGGGUGGAGAUCUCGCUCAGAAAAUCAAACACAAAAUACAGGCAGUAGAUAUAUUUUCUGAGAAUGAGAUUCUGGACUGGACUGUGAUGAUUUGCAUGGCAUUAAAGUACCUGCAUGAUCAACAGAUUCUACAAAACCUGCAGCCAAAGAGCCUAUUUUUCACUGCAUGUGGAACCAUUCGUCUUGGGGAGUUUGGAGAGAUUAAUGAAUGGUCCACUGAUGCACACGCAACAGGAACUGAAGCUCUUGCAUAUGUUGCACCUGAGAAUUUGAGUGGCAAACCUUAUGAUCAGAAGACUGAAAUUUGGAGGUUGGGAUGUGUCAUCUAUGAGCUGUGCAAGCUGAAGUGUGCAUUCACAGCAAGAAAUCCAGUUGAGAUUGUUAGCAGGAUACUCAACUGCUCCUAUGAAGCUCUUCCCAACACCUUUUCUGCGGACCUUCGUCAGCUUGUGAAAGAUACACUUCAGAAGGAUCAAGAGAAACGGCCGUCUGUCAAUGAGAUCUUGAUGAGGCCUUUUAUCAUUAAACACCUUCAUAAAAUGAGCAUACAAACUGUCGAUGAGCUUUAUAAGACUCUAGAUGUACUGAGAAACCUGGCAGAAGAUUUGGAGACGGUCCACUUCAACACAACCGUCAGCAGCCUCACAGGAGGUGUUGUGGGAUUGGCUGGAGGAAUCACAUCUGUGGUGGGACUUAUCCUGGCUCCCUUCACUCUCGGGGCGUCUCUGAUAGUAACAGGAGUGGGAAUCGGUACGGCAGUAGCUGGUGGAAUAACAGCUGGUGUCAGCAACAUAACAAACAUGGUUAACCAGCAUACCAACAGACAAAAGAUUAAAAUGAUCAUAACAGGGUUCCAGGAAAAAAUUACCUCCAUUAUAUGCUGCAUCCAAAACAUCUCAACAGCAGUGGAAACUCUAGAAAAUGAGUUUUCAGCAAGCAAUGAAUCACUUUCCAAUGCACAAUCUGGGAUGAGUGUUGGAGCUCGACUUGGACGAGGACUGGGAGGAAUCCCGGAGCUUCUCCGUUUAACUCAAGUCAUAAAUGUAGGGAAAAUCGCAGCUCAGGCUGCAAGAGCAGUUCGUGUGGCCGAGACGGUUACAGGGGUUUUAUCUGCACUUUUCAUAGCUGUUGACAUCUUCUUUGUCUUUCUCGACUCGAAAGAAAUCCACAACAUCCGCAGAGAUUACGUUUUAAAAUCGAGUCAACCAGAACCCACCAGCAACCAAACGAUAAGGUCGAAUGACCAGACAUCAAACAACAGCGACACCACAAACCUGCUGCCUUCAAACACUCAACAGGCAGAAGAGCUGAAGUCUGAGACCAUGAAAUUUGUGAAGAAAAUAAAAGACACUACAGAGGAGCUUCAGAUGAUUCUGGAUAUGUUACGAGACUCACUGAGCCCAAACUCUGAGACGCCAAACACAGAUAACUGAGAAAAACCAAAGGUGGAAGUUUGAUAUAUUCAGUUCUUUCAUCAUAGAUGUACGUUUUGAUUGUAUUAGUCUCUAGUGUUGUAGUACUCAAGUCAUGUGUUAAAACAUUUUUUUGAAGGUCUCGACAGCAUUUGUACUCAGUCUUUUCUUGGUCUCAGACUAAGAGGACUCAGGAUUUUAUUUCACGAACGGUCAAGACCACAACUGUGGAUAUCACUAAAUUGCUGGUGCAUCGUUUGUGGUUUAUUUGUUAACAUCAUUAAUGUGAUUGGACGUACAACUUACUGCUUCAAAUGCAAUCGGUAACUUAUUUCUAAUUUGAUUUAUUUGACACUGCUGUGCUGGAUCAGAAUUUAAUAAGCUGUUUACUGAAUAUGAGCACGAUUGUGAUUUCUUGAAUGAAUCAGCUGCUUUCAACAAAGCGGUUGAAUAAAUGAUUCUGUGACAGGUGAUUUGCUGCCACCUAGCAAACUGGCAGUUUUAGUAUCAUAUUGAAAAGUAUAAUUAAUUUUUUUCAUUAUAUUUCUACAUAAUUUUAUUUUUUAAAACAUUUCAACAAUAUUUAUGCAGUUGUUACUAUAUUAAUUCAGAUUCAACUUCUGUGCCACCACUGCAGGGUAAAGAUGAAUUUUGUUGUUAGUGAUUUCAUUUGAUUGAUAACUUUUUAAAGUGUCUUACUGUUGUAAUUGUAUUUAAUGAUUAAAAACAAGACAUUUCUCCAGCAGUAAUGUGGAUCUUAUUUUGAUGAGGAGUUUGGUUUGGUCUUGACUAUACACUAGCGGUAGCAAAGCUUAGGUAAUGGGGUUUAUAAUAAUGAAGUGUCUAAACCAUUGAGUAAUGCUCAGAGAAAGCUCACUUCACUGCCAAUUAAUAAUGUUAAGAAUGUGUUUUGGGAAUUUUUGCCUUUAUUAAUUUGAUGUUUUGAAAAUCUUGUUUUUCUGUAAGCGGGUCUUUGUAAAUGGCUGCUUUUUUUUUUUCCUACAUACAGUACACUUGAACUGAAAUAAAUGCGAACCUUGGUAUUUUCAA